GUCCCCACAUUCCCACGGUCCCACAUUCCCCAGCCCUGCAGCGAGGACACUGCGCAGACAGCAAGAGAGAAAGCGGAGCUCGUUGGAUUUAAUCCAUUUUAUGUCCUAGAAAACAUUUGUACAGGUCACACUGAACAGCAGAUUGUUGUCUCAAGCCAGUGCUGAUCAAUGACAGUUUAGCUGCAGUAUGUCAGAGAAGAGAGGAAAGAUGAGUCUCUCACAGAAACAGAGUGUAAGAUCAGACUCACAUGUGUCCAGCUCUGUGUCUGUGAAGAGUGACUGGUCAAAGGAAGAACCACCAUACUUCAGUGAAGAAACAACAUCACAAACCAAACGGCUUCAGUAUGAAACAUUAGAUCCAGAUUUACAGUCUCACAGGAAACACAAGAAUUAUACAGACAGUCUCCUGCAGAUCUUCCAGGAUCUUGAGGGCAAAAUAACGACAUUUCUGAAGAAAGAACUAGAAAAGUUUAAGAAAAUAUUACAAAAAGAGGACAUGGAAUACUUUGUGAAGGAUUUUAAUGAGAACAGAUGCAGUAUGAAAGAAGCAGCUCUUGAUCUCACGCUCUACUUCCUGAGAGAGAUGAAGCAAGAUGAAGCUGCUGAUACUCUAGAAGAUGAACUGGUCUUCAUUCAUCAGCUAAAGUGUAGCCUAAAGAAGUAUCAAUGUGUGUUUGAAGGAAUUGCAAAGCAAGGAGACUCUACACUUCUGAAGAACAUCUACACAGAUCUCUAUAUCACUCAGGGUUGUAGUGAACAGGUCAAUACUGAACAUGAGGUGAGACAGAUUGAAGUUGCUUCCAGACGUCAUGAAUCACAGGAGAUACAGGUUGAGUGCAAACAUUUGUUUGAAGCACCUGAACAAGACAAGCAGAUCAGAACUGUACUGACAAAAGGAGUUGCUGGCAUCGGAAAAUCAGUCUCUGUGCAGAAGUUUGUUCUGGAUUGGGCCGAAGGAAAAGAAAAUCAAGAUAUCAGCUUCAUAUUUCCUCUUCCAUUUAGAGAGAUGAACUUAAAGGAGCAAGAAAAACUAAGUUUGAUGGACCUUAUAACUCAGUUUUUCCCAGAGACAAAAGGACUGAACCUUACAAGAAGAAAUCAAUUCAAAGUCUUGUUCAUUCUUGACGGAUUGGAUGAAUGUCGACUUCCUGUAAACUUUAAGGAUAACGAGACGUGUUCUGAUGUUUCAUCACCAGUCUCUCUGGAUCUUCUCCUGACGAACCUCAUCAAGGGAAAUCUGCUUCCUUCUGCUCUCAUCUGGAUCACCAGCAGACCAGCAGCUGCCAGUAAGAUUCCUCCUGACUGUAUCGACCGGCUGACAGAGAUACGAGGAUUCAAUGAUGCACAAAAGGAGGAGUACUUCAGAAAAAGAUUCACGGAUGAGAAUCAGGCCAAAGAAAUCAUUGAUCAUGUUAAACAAUCAAAGAGUCUCUUUAUCAUGUGCCACAUCCCAGUCUUCUGCUGGAUUUCAGCCACUGUUCUCCAGAACAUUUUAGAGGAGAAAAGAAAUAAUGUUGUGAAAAACAAUCAGACUGAUGAUGUCUCCAAAACACUGCAGGAGUCAAAUACUGAAGACACUCCUAAGACUCUGACACAAAUGUACACACACUUCCUUAGAUUUCAGAUCCAGCAGAGCAGACGAAAGUAUGAUGGAGAACAUACACCAGAUGUUUCCUGGGAUAAAGAUGCCAUCUUUUCACUGGGGAAACUGGCAUUUGAUCAGCUGGAAAGAAACAAUGUGAUCUUCUAUGACACAGAUCUGGAAGCCAGUGGUAUUGAUGUCUAUGAGGCAUCAGUGUACUCAGGCAUGUGUACCCAGAUCUUUAAGGAGGAAACAGGGAUCACUCUUGGUACCAUGUACUGCUUCGUUCACUUGAGCAUUCAAGAGUUUAUUGCAGCCCUUUAUGCACAUCUGUUUCUAGACAUAAAGAAGAAAAGUAUAUUUGUUCAUGAGUCUGCAAAAUGGAAAUAUAAAAGUAAAAACAUGAUUGAUUUGCUCAAGACUGCAGUGGACAAGGCACUAGAGAGUGAUAAUGGACACCUGGAUCUUUUUCUUCGCUUCCUCCUUGGUCUGUCACUCCAGUCCAAUCAGAGACUCUUACAGGGUCUGUUGAAACAGAAAAAUAGAGAUGAGCAGAGCAAAAAGGAAAUAGUUACAUACAUCAAGCAGAAAUGUGAGUCUAAUCUGUCUCCAGAGAGAUCCAUCAAUCUGUUCUACUGUCUGAAUGAACUGAACGACCAAACUCUGGUGAAAGACAUUCAGACACACCUUAGCAAAGGAAGUCUCUCAUCUGCUGAUCUUUCACCUGCCCAGUGGUCUGCUUUUGUCUUUGUGUUGUUGACAUCAGAGGAGGAGCUGGAGGAGUUUGAGCUUCAGAAAUUCAAGAAAUCAGACGAGUGUCUCAUUAGAUUAUCAGCAGUCAUGAAAACCUGCAAAAGAGCUCUGUUAAAUGAUUGUGACUUAACAGACAAAAGUUGUCCAGCUCUGGCUACAGUUCUUGGAUCAGAUACCAGUCUGAAAGAGCUGAACAUCAACAAUAAUAAUCUGCAGGAUUCAGGAGUGAAGCUACUCUGCACUGGCCUGAAGAAAAUUAAUUGCAAAUUAGAGAUACUUGGUCUGAAGAACAACUGUAUCACAGAAGGAGGUUGUCAUGUUCUGGCUGCAGCUCUAAAUUCAAACCCUUCAAAUCUGACAGAGCUGGAUCUGAGUGAGAAUAAACUAGGAAACCCAGGAAUGAAGAUCAUCUUGACUCUGUUUGAAAAUGUACAGUGUAGAUUGGAAAAGCUGAAGACUGUUAAACUGCAUCAGUAUUACAGAUGA